CAUGGUAACAAGCCACAAGAUAUAACGCCGAGUGGCUAGGUUCGUGUAAACAAACGCCAACGUUUAUAGCGUUUAUAACGUUUAAUUUGGACUUGUUCGGUUCAAAUGAACAGCAAUAACAUGCUGUGUUCAAAGCCCAGGUGCUAAUACUACUACUACUAAUAAUAAUAAUUUGAGGACGUCCUGGCCGUAAGGUAAGAAAAUUAAGGGAUGGGAGAGCCGCCUGUGGUGAUCCUCCAGCGCCAGAUGAGUGACAGGUAGUGUGACAGUACAAAAGCAAUGUUGUGCUGUCCUGUACAAUGAAGAAGUUUCUCAGCUUUACUAAGAAGAAGAAACACGCGUCCGGUACCCCUGACAAUGGGAGUGCGCUUUCUGUUGGCUAUGAACUAAAAGACAAGGACCUGGGCAAAGUUCACAAGGCUGCCUCGGUGGGUGAUUUGGCAAAAUUGAAGCAGCUUGCCAAGAAGAAUGAUAUCAAUCAACUUGACAAGGAGAACAGAACUGCACUUCAUAUCGCCUGUGCCAAUGGACAUGUUGACGUGGUGCAGUUCCUCCUUGAGAGCAAAGCCAAGCUUAACCUCUGUGACAAUCAAAAUAGAUCCGCCUUAAUGAAGGCAGUGCAGUGCCAGCAUGAGCCCUGUGUGAGCAUGCUGCUGGAGAAUCACGCCGAUCCUAACCUGGUGGACAUCAAUGGCAAUACAGCCCUACAUUUAGCGGCAAACAUCCCGUCCAUUUCCACUGCCGCCUCGCUGCUGGAGCAUGAGGCAGACAUCAAUGCACAAAAUAAGGAGGCAUUCACACCGUUGACAGUGGCAGUCCGUGAGGACCACAUCGAGAUGGCUGAGUUUCUCCUUAAGGAAGGAGCUGAUGUGAACUUUAGGGACCAAGAUCAAAGGUCUCCGUUAAUGAUAGCUGCUGGCAAUGGACAAAUCGGUAUGUUGCGGCUUCUAUUGCGGUAUGACGCAGAUAUCACCAUAAAAGAUACCAAAGGAUGGUCAGCUGAUGACUACGCUGUGAUGAAUGGACAUCAUCCCUGUUCCCUCCUGAUCAUUGAGCACAGUAACCAGAGGAACGACGGUCAGAGACUGUCACAUCAAGGUCCGAGCAAAAAGAAGAAAAAAGCACUGCUGGGCAGUCCUUCCCAAGACGUUGAAGCAGGCUUCUCUUUGGGAGGACCUGCCACUGACAAAGAUGAGCAUGGAGCAAAUGAAGCAGGGGGAGAUUUUGAAGACAAUUCUCAGUCCGAGUCACUUAGUCGGGUUUCAAAAAGUGCUGCGGAUGAAUGGCCUUCAUCAGAAGAUGAUGAUGAAUCUGUCUUAAUUAAAAAGAAACCACAGAAGGUAAACCUAAGGAAAAUGAUUGCAUCUAAAAGAGGAGAAGCUUCUGCACUGCAUGACAGAUCCUUGAGCGGUACAGAAUCUGAGCCAGAGAGUGAGAAUAGAGUCCAGAGAAUCCCAUCCCUUCCAAAGGCUUUACCAUCCAUCACAGCUCCACAGCACCCAGUAGAUCCCUCUCCUGUUUCCUUCCUAUCCAAAGCACCCCAGAUGACUUCUACCCCUCUUCCAAGUCACAGAAAGAAAGAAGAUUCCACUGGGGAUGAGGAUGAUGAUGACAAAGAGGAGAAGAGAGAUGAUGAUGAUGAGGAGGAGGAGGAGGAUGAGGAGGACAUGGAAGAAGAGGAGGAGACAGGAGAGCUCUCGGGUGAAAAUGAUCAACCUGAAGAGAGUGGAGAGUCCCUCAACGCCACCUUACCUGCUCCUGAGACAGAAGUCUCUAAAGAUAAGGAAAGGGAUUUCCUGUCUGAGCUGGGCCUAGAGAAGGGAGAAGAAGAGCCAGAUUCUUGGGAUUCAGAGUCCCACUCUGAAAACCCCAACAUGUCACAUGAAGAGAAACAAAGCUUGCAUACUCAGGAUCAGUUAGAGAUGCCCAUUGCCAAAGAAGAGAUUAAAGAAAACUUGUUUUAUAUACCCUCUUUUUUAAGAGGGGAAGGAGACAAUAGGAUGGCAGUACUAGAGCCUCGGAGGAGUGUAGGCUGGCCGAGAGGUAGCCAGGGAGAGGCCGAAAACAACAAUAAUGGAGGCGAGCAUGUCGAUAAAGAUGACACUACACAGAAAGAGACUGAGAAGGCAAAAUGGGAACCACUAAGUGUUUUGAGCAAACUUGAAGGGGAAAAAGACAGAAAGACCAAUUUGAUGGAAGAGCUUGGUCUGGGUGAUGUUGAUGAUCUUGAAGAUGCUUCAGACUGGGACUCGGCCAGUACGACCAGUAACCGAACAUUGCCUGGCCGCAGAAAGGCCUCCCCUGUACUCGAGGAGUUCCCAGAGUCCUCCAAUCCGUCCAUCAAAGAGCAGGAUGAAGACAUAGCUGCGGCAGUAUCCCUGACACCUCAGAGGAGCAUCAACUCCAACAAGAGACCGACCAGCACACUCCCCCAAACUAUGCCCCAACCACAACCUCGAGCAAGGAAGAUGACGCUUCCAAAACCAGAGAGUGAAGAAGAAUCAGAUUGGGAACCAGACAAUUUGACGUCUCCUUCGAAUGCAGCCCAAAUUGACACUCAGCAGCAAAACAUAGCCGAGCCUCAGACAGUGGUUAGACCUGGUUCGCCUGAGCCCUCACCAGUGGCAAGAGACAGUAAAAGUAAUGAAGAAUCUGACAAGCAGCAACAAAAGGAGAAAGAUGAUGCAGUAGAUACAUGUGAGGUAGAUCUAAAUAACCCGUGCCCAUCUGACCACGUGGGCUCUGACAGUGGCGAAAAGGAUAAUGACUUUAGAGAUCAGCACAGUCCUGAAGAAAGAGGUGAAGCGGGCGACGUCCCGUGGGAAAAACGUUACGAGAAGCUCUGGGUAGAGGUGGAGAAAAGGGAUGUAAAGUCCACCUUCAGGAAUGUUGCUGGUGAAUUAAAAGAGAAGUUUGGAGAACUGCUUAAAUCGAGAUGUUCUGCAGAAGACAUCCCAGAGGAAGAAGAGGCUGUGGCUGAAUCUAGUUCUGCAGAAGAAUCAAGCGAUGAAGAUGAGGGGGAAGUCAUAGUGCGGCCCAUGGCCAGAGCAAGGAGUUCUGUGCUCGUCACCAUACCUGAGCAGAGGGAGUCUGGACUGGAAGACUCCGUGACAGAAUCAACUGACAAGUCAGCAUGUGAUGACAGGAUGCAGGUCUGUGAACGUCCUGCCAGUGAGAGCAGCAUGUAUCAAGAGCCAGAUCUGCUCACUGAUGAGGAGUGCCGGUCUCCUUCACCACAACUCACCACAGCGCAGGGAGACGGCAGCAUGAAUCACGUUACGACAGCUUCUGCUGACGAUCAUAUACCUGUAUCUGAUGUUGACACAUUCUUAAAACAUGAGCCAGUUCAGAAGCCACAUCUGGACCACAUCAGGGAGGACAACACUGCUAAUUUAGAACCUGAGAGGAUCAAUGCAAGCUCAGAGGAGGAUCCAGAGGAAUUCAACCUGUCUCGUCCUCCCUCUCUAAGAUGUUCAGCAUCUGUCCCAGGUGUUUCUGAUGAGGAGCUGGAAGAGGACAUGGAAAGGUUUAAAGUUGAGGUUGGCAAAGACACGACAAUGACUGCACUGGAGGUGCAAAAAUCUAGUACUUCCUGGGAUAGUGGUGGAACGGCAUUGGAAGAAGUGGGUACCGAGAAACCUGAGACCAGGCUAGGACGCGUAUCAAGUCGAACUGGAGCAAUGCACCAGGAACAGCAGCCUGUGGCCACCAAGAGGUUUAUUGCUCUCCAUAGCACCAACGGGGCACCAGUGCAAUUCCCAGGGACCAACAGUAGCAACAGACAAGAGGGCCAUGCUGUAGAGGAGACCUUACAGCUGGAGCUGGUCAGGGGGGCCCGGCGAAGCAGAGCCCCUCAGACCAACACCCAUGUUAAUGGAGAUCCUCUCUCAGUGUUUGACGAUAGCACUUUAAGUGAAGUGUCGGACGAUGAAGGAAGGUUGUCGCCCAGUGGACGACAGAAAGACGAGAAUCCUGAAGAAGUGGAUAUGGCGGAAGACUUUGAUGAACUCACUCAGUCAUCGGACACGGCCACAGAUGAUAUCGACUCUCCCACUUCAGGCUAUCGUCAUGCAUCCCUCCUCGUUCAGAAGCUGGACUCAACCACUUUGGACUCCAGAAGCAUGGUGAAGUUGCAGAACAUUUUCCAUGAAUACGAGCGCUCCAUUCAGAAGUCAAGGAGUCGGCAUGGUUACCUGUCAGACAAGGUGAGCCAGCUGGAAAUGGAGAAGGCGGAGUUGAAGAGCUCUCUGGAAGAAGUUAAAGACAUUAAGUCUGGCUUGGAGCGCAACCAGCUGGAACUACAGACUGAAGUCACAAACCUUAAAUUUCAGCUCAAACAGGAGCAGGAAAAUCGACGCAACGCCACCAUGAUGUACAACACCACCAAGGAUAAGCUGAGAAGGACGGAGGAGCAGCAGCAGCUGGAGGUUCAGGAGAGACAGAAGGUGGAGCUCACCCUCAGGAAUCUGGAGCUGGAGAUGAGAACACUAGUGAACAACAUGAAACAGCUUGAAGAGGACCACAGUGAGACCCAGAGACUGCUGGCUCAGGAGCGCAGCGCUCGGACCCUGCAGGAGAAUCUGCUCAACAGCCAUCUCCGUAAGCAGCAAGAGAUCGAGGACGAGAACAAGAGAAACAUAAGCAAAAGCAACGAGGCCUUGUCCCAGCUCACCGAGGCCAGUGACAGGGAGAGGGAGUUGCUCCAGCAGACUGCUACCUUACAGGAGCAGCUGACCAUCCUGAGAAUGGACCUCGAGCGCUCGCAGGCCAACAGCAACCUCAAAGAGAGCCACCUUUCGGAGGAGAACGAGGCCCUCAAGGAACAGCUAGAAGAUGCUCGGCGAGAUCUCAAACUGAACGGCGAUGCCCUCACCCAAACUGUCUACAACUGCAAUAACCAGCUGAGCGCCCUGAAAUCAGAGUUGGCUAUAGCGACAAACCGCCUAGAAAAUGAGCGGCAGGCCCGUGAAACACUGGAGACAGAGAUCGAGUCCACUCGUACCCGUCUGGCUGGAGCCGUGAAGGAGACAGAGCUGUGCUUGGCGGCUCACACAGAGACAGAAAGAGCUCUGCUCCGGGAGAAAGAGGAACACCAGCGUCUUAAAGACAAAUUCACAGGUGAAGCAGCCAGUCAACGUGAGGCGGUCAACAGCCUGUCCCAGAAGCUGUCUAAGGCAGAGGCUCGUGCAAACAGCAUGGAGAAUGAAGUUCAUCAGGUCACGCUGCAGUUGACGGAGAAAGGCCUGCUGCUGGAGGUCCUGCAGCGGGAGAAGGAGCAGGCGGGUGUGCGUGUCAAGGAGCUAGAAACGACCCUGAACGCAGAGAGGGAUGUGGUCAGCCGUACCGGAGCACGCCACGAGGCCAUGCAGGAGCGGUUAGCCCAGGCGCAGAGUGAGGGCAUGUUACUACGACAGCAGCUAGAGGAGGCCCAAAAUAAAGGCGUUGCAAAGGAGCGCGCUGUGACGGAUGCUCAGGAGCGCUUCAGUGACAUCCUGUCCAAGCUGCGUUCUGACUGCGAAGAGAGAGUACAACUGGUAGAGGAGAGAAACAAGGAGCUCGCCAGUAAGGCCGCUGAUCUCCGAGAUCAGAUCUACAAGUUGGAGGAAGAGAAGAACGAAAGAGAGACUAGUCUCAGGCAGCUGCAGCAGGAGCUUGCUGACUCGCUCAAGAAGCUGUCAAUGAGUGAAGCGUCGCUGGAGGUGAACACGCGCUAUCGCAAUGACCUGGAGGAGGAGAAGGCUCGGCUCCUCAAAGACAUGGACAGGCUCAAAGGAAAGCUGGAGGAAAGCGAAGACCAGUACGUGCAGGCCGAGAGACGUAUCAACAGUUUGAAGAGCACGCUGGAUGAAAGGGAAAAGGAACUCACCACUGCUGCUCAGAAACUCCAGGAGGCGCUGUCCGCCUCAGCAGCUUCUGAUAUCACCAUCAAACAGCUGGAGGAAGCUGUGCAACGGUUGGAGAUAGAGAACGCCAGGCUGGAAGCUGCUGCAAAGCAACAAGCCAACAAAAUCGAUGCUCUUCAGAAGGAAGCUCAGGAAGCUGCCAUGACGUCUGACUGCUCACCUGGAGGAGGGGUCAGAGGUCAUUUGGAGGACUUGGUUACGAACCUCCAAAGCAGUAAGAUGACUUUGGAAGACCAACUCAGUAGAGAGGUCCAGAAGCAGAGCAUGCUCUCUCACACAGCCCAGGACUCUCAGGCUUUGUGGGAGGAGGAGCUGAAGAGCCGCUCUAAGUUAGGACUACGCCUGGCGGAGCUCGAAAAAGAAAAAGGAGAACUGAGCACUCAGAUGGAAAUAGAAAAGAAGAAAGCCAAGAAAAUAGGAGAGCAGAAGAAGGCUGUAGACACCCGGCUGGAUCAGGAGAUGAAGAGAAACACGGAGCUUCAAAAAGAAAUGUACAGGUUGCGUACAUUGUUAAAGACUGCAAAGAAGAAACUGCGGGAUCAGGAUGCAGGUGGAGCCGAGUUUGCGUCUCCUAUGAGCAGUCUGCGGAUGGACGUCGGCAGACACAUCCAGGCUGACGGUGCCUUUGGACGAAUGAAAGAUAAGGUGGAUGAUCUGCAGGAGCAGCUGGAGAAGGAGGUUUCCCGUCGCAGCCAGUUGGAGAAGGUGAACGGGGAUCUCAAGGAUCAGCUGGCCUCGCUCAAGAGUUCGAACCGCAGCAAUGACCAGCUGGAGAGGAGUAAGAGGCAGUUGGAGGAGGAGGUGCUGGACCUGAGACGUCGAAUGGAGGCGUCUCAGAUGGAGCAGAGCCAGGUGGAGCAUUUCCGCCGUGACGCAGAGGACAGGGCCCGCCAGGAGAUACAACAGAAACUGGAGCAGGUCAACAUCUUCCUGCAGUCCCAGGCGGCAUCCCAAGAAGCGUUGGAUCAGAUUAAAGCGGCCAAUGAAGCCAACCUGCGCGCCCAGCUGGAGCAGAAGAUCCGGGAGAUGGAGGGAGAACUGGGCCGGGCCCGCUCCACUCAGCAGGACAGCGUCAACCAAAGAGACUCUACGCGCACGGAGCUGGAGCGAUACCGCCAGCUCUACGCAGAGGAGCUGCGCCUCCGCAAAUCCCUCGCUGCCAAACUAGAGAGGGCCAACAGUCGGCUCUCAGAAGCCAAUUCUAAGUUGCUCAACGAGCGCAGCAGGUCGCUGCUCACCAGCAGCAUCGCAAACGGUAGCCUCGGAGGGCCCUCGCUGGACGUGGGCUCUCUGGGUUCGCCUGUACACUACGGGGCCACGCUAGGGCCCCUCAACAGGAGCCUAGGCCUGGGACUCUCCCUCCUUAGCCCAGUAACUGAUGGACAGAACAGCAGGGUUGAGGACUACCUGGCAAAGAUGCAGAGCGAGCUGGACAGAAAGAUAUCAAAGGAAUUAAACAACGCCACAGCAGAGCUGGACCUCGCUUCAGCCCGCAUGUCACCCGUGGGCUCUGCCUCGAGGGUGGAGCUGGACCCCGUCAGCAAAGCGACGCAGCAGUACUUGGAGGUACUAAAGAAGAACAAUAUGAUCUGAACACGCGUCACAGCUGCCCGCAGUCAAACGCACCCACAAUAAAGGUCACCACUCAAAUCAUAUAACAAGUUGUACAUAUUUACACUCCCUUUUUUAUGAAAGAAAGCAAACAUAAUGCACAUUGCACUUAACCACUCAGGAGCAAAGGGCAUGAGUCAUAUAUAUAUUGCAUUAUUGAUGGGUACAAGUUAAGAAAACCUUGAAAGUAUUUGUUCCUACUCACCAAUUCUGUUCAAUCUGUAACUGUUUUGUUUCUAUUAGGACAAUAUAUAUAUAUAUACAUAUAUAUGUAUAUAUAUAUAUACAGAAUCGUGGUUUGGAUUUUAAUUUGUGAAUAUCGUGUUGCUAAAUUUGAAUUUGAAGUAUUAGAUGUACAGUAUGCAUCAUUUAUAAUUAAUAAUUUUGCCAAGAUAUUACAUUUGGUACGUGCCAUCAAAUGGUGCAAUAUCUGUCUUGGUCUUACUUUAUUAGACUCGUUGGAGUAUUGUGUUUAUGAUAUUUUAUUUAUUCUUUUUGUUUUUUAUAAACAUGAUAUACUUGAAUAAGACGAGCUGGAAUACUCUCUGGCUAUUGAAACAGGGUGAACGCAUUUGUACAACUGUCAUUUCAUCUUCUGUUCGGCUCAGUUAUCGGGCCACCAGAAGUGAAACACACACACACACACACACUCCCACGCUUUGUUUGUUUUUGUUACGUUCUUCGUUAUUCAUAAAUCCUGUAAGAGAAUCCAAAUAGGAAAGCAUUUAUGACGCCUGUACAUAACAGAAGACUCUAAAUUUGUCAAUAAAACUCUAGAAAAACCCUGAA